GCGAGGAUUGACAUCGCCAUUUUAUGUGUUUGGCUCUGACGCAGGUAGAGUGGAAGUGGUGCGUGGGGUGGUGAGAAAAUCUGGCGAAGUAUAUAACGUUAUUCGCAAAAUGUUGCUCAAAUACUUAAUCCCCGACAUGAGUAAGUAACGUUAAUCGAGAACGGGUUGCGCGGGUGGUGUAAUCCGGGUAUCAGUAUAAUCUGGCCGAAAUGGUGUAGUGGAGUUGUGCGUGCGUGUGUUUUCAUCGAGUGUUUCAACACUAGUUUUAACUGCUGUCACACGCUCUGUUAUUCUGUGCUAUCGAGUUAUUGGUGUUGGCUCAUAUCACGCGCAGCCUCCGGAUUUUAUUUACGAUUUUCUCAUCGGUUACAAUGAGUUCGAGAAAUAUUCCCUCAGACAAGAUAAACCUACGCCUAAUACUUGUCAGCGGUAAAACAAAAGAGUUCCUAUUUAGUCCGAGCGAUUCUGCUGGUGACAUAGCACACCAUGUGUUUGAAAACUGGCCCGAAGAUUGGGCGGAAGAAGCGGUCGCGAAGGCGGAAAUUUUACGACUAAUUUACCAGGGUCGUUUUCUACACAGCAACGUUACCUUAGGUGCGCUCGGUCUCCCCUUCGGUAAAACAAUAGUAAUGCAUCUUGUCCCACGCGAGAACCUCCCCGAGCCUAAUUCUCAAGACCAGAGACAAAAGAGUAAAGGCGGCGGAAGCAGUUGCUGCUCAGCCUCCUGUUGCAUACUUUAAAUAUUGGCUACCCUGGAUAUAAGGGCUGCUUGAAGCGAGCCGACGCUACAUCCAGGCUGGGCCAUGGUUUCUAAGGUUUUAUGCUGAUGUAUAAUUGUUAGUGGCUGAGUUCGCAAGCAGCGUAGUGUAGUAAGAAUGGUUACACGCAACGAUUGUUAAUGAUUUUAAUGAAAUAUAAUCAACCUUUUAUUUACCGCUAUAAGGAAAGAAAGAAAGAAAGAAACAAAAAAAAAAAGAACAGAUACGGUGUUUGUGUAUAUUACAAUUUGGUAUUAUUGUUUCAUUUUAUUUCUUAACAGUCUCAAUUGUGUAACUGGAGCAAGACGAUCUUCGCUAUGAAUUUUCUCACACUCGCCGGUAUCGCUACGUUUAAAAUAAAAUUUACCAGCCAGAGUUAAAGCCGAACCGUAAUCUGUGCCGACUCAAUUUUACCAUUUGUAUAAGCAGGAUUCAGAAAAGGUGGUAAUAACAGAAGCGGAGGGUGGGCAUAUUAAUUGCUUACGCAAAACCCAACCCCGAGUCAAGAUUACAUCAAGUAUUUUGAGCCGACGCUACUGUGCUUUGAAGCUCAACCACUAUCUUACACCACCGCAGCGUUUAAAUUUCAUAGACGGAGAAUAAGUGUGCGAAUGAUAUAUAUAAUGAUUAACUCGAGUGACUGUUUAUGUUUGAGCAAAUGCGAAAGGGAGUAAAAAAUUUAUGUUGUGAUAAUGCAGGUAGUGAAUAUAUUAUUAUAUAUACAUACUAUUAUUAAAAUUAUAUAUUAUAUAUACAUAUAUGGAUAUAUAUAAUAUGUUCUCAUGUAUUUGUGUAUGUAUAUAUAUAUAUUAUAUACACGCGUGUGAAAGCAAGGUGAAAAAGAGAAAUAUAUAUGUACAUAAAUAUAUGUAUACGUAUGAAAAACAGUAUGAGAAGAGUUGACCCAGAGUUGAAACUCUCAUACCAUAGACUUUAUUAUCACAAAUUUAAAAUAAUAAUAAUAUUAUUAAUAAUAACGAUAAUAUUACGACGCCACUUUGAGAGUUUAGUAUCCACAAUUUAAGAUUACGAGACAACCUUGGAUCUCUACUUAACGGUAGUUUUGACGGAACGGGAUAACGAGGUUAAAAGAAAAAAAAAAAGAAAAAAAGAAAAAAAGUGAUGGAAAAAUAAACCGGAAUAAAAAAUUAAAAUUGUCAAACAAAAUCAAAUAUAUUCUCUGUUUGCUCCUGCCCUUACACGAAGAUCGUUAAAGGGCCCUUAGUCUAAAUCCUAGAUCCGAUGACCCAGUGCUACGGGUUCAAACCCACACAUAAAUAGAAUAAUUAUUAUAGUUAGGUCCAACGAAACCGUAAUAAUAUGUUGUAGCCCUAUUCUAUACAUACUCUACCUAUACUAACUGUACUGUACUGUAUUACGAUUCUUAAACGAUACAUAACAAUGUGUAUAUAUAUAUAUUGUCUUCUUGUGUAGUGAGAAAAGAGAGAGAGAAAAAAAAAAAAAAACGUGUCGCGACACAAAGGAAAAUUCAUCAAAAUUUCACGAUUAUGGACAGCAUUGUUUCAUAUCAAAACUCAGUCCAGUCGUCAUCCUUUAUUUAAAUUCAUUACAUACGCCGUAUCAUAUGUAUUACACCCUAUAAUAAUUAGUACCCGUUGAAUUUAGAAAUUACCGCCACUGCACCAUGACCUAUCUAUUGAUUUACAUUAAACGCUCAACACUAAUCGCUCAUAAUUUUAUGAAAUUUAAUUAUGUAAAGAGAAAUUCAAGUACACUCCAGCUUUACAUAAGGAAAAUGUGUAAAUCGAAAGUUUGAAAUAUCGACAUUCUUCGUCGCAUGUAUGUUGAACAAAAAUUGACUUUAUGUAUUAAAGAAAGAAAGAAAGGAAGAAAGAAAGAAAAAAAAAAAAAACAUAAUCGAGAUGAAUUAAUAUUAAUCAACAAAAUUUAGCAGUCUCAUCGCAUAUGGAAUAAGUACAGAGUUUGUAACCGAAAUGCUAUAUAACGUUGUUAAAGUGUCGUAGUGUUUAAUUAACGAGUUAUCUCAAUUACCUGACUAAUCGUUUAUUGAUCAGUUUGUUAGUCAAAUAUCUUACGGAUCGUAUCCAUUCCCGAAUUGUUCAGAUCGAAACGCUUUCCUAUAAUACCGUAUUCAACGUUACGUGUGUAAUUGUUUGAAAAAUGGAAUCCUUUCGAAGGAUUCAAUUAGUUUUUGCUUCAAACACAAGGGUCCAGUGCAGUUCUUCAUAGAGCACAAUCGUGCAGUUAUCAAUUAUUUUUUUAAUUAAAUUCAAUGAUUGUGACUUAUGAACGACUCGGCUACAAACCCUGGCUACAAUUAUUACAUUGGUUCUACAAGACUCUUAGAGUAGUCUGACACAUGCGUGGUCACCACCCUGUGUUCACGACAGUUAUUUAUUUAGUCUGAAUUUCGUUCGUUUUAUUAUUGUAUUGAAUUUUUCUUUUUCUUCGUUCUUGUUUUUAUUGCUUCUUCCUGUUAAAUUCUUAAUAAUUGUAGCUGCUCAAGAAUUAGAUCAAUUGAUGCUCAUUGUAUUUUAUUUAUUCCGCAUAAUUUCUUUGAUGCUCAAAGUAAACUUUGCCAAUCCUGUAACAGUUAUCGACAUAAAUUAGAUCUAAUUUUUUUUUUUUUUUUAUUUCUGUCGUGUCGCUUUACUUAAAACACCUAUAUAAUUCAUUGCUCCGGUAAAUUACCUAAGCCUGUGUGCAAUGGUGAUUCAGUUCAUUUUAUUUCCUGACCUGGCUUUCAAAGUUUUUAUCAGAAUCAAUGUGUAGCAGCAAAAAACGUAAAAUAGCCUCAUACAUUUGCUAGUAAACACGAAUUGUUAACUAAUUCCAUAUGUCAUUGUAUUUCAUACUUUAGCCCUAAUUUUGGCAGAAGCAACAAAUCUUAAAUAUUGCGAUUCUGAAACGAUUUGGAUGUUAAUGAAACUACUAAUUCUGUAAGAAGAAUUCUUUUAUUACUUAAAUUUGUUUUUCGAGUUAAUUUGAAGUAUUGUAACUUGUACUAAAAAUUAGGAUACAUUUUUGAAUGUAGUCGUCUAUUCUGGAUGCAAGUACAUCAAUGAUGCUUGUUAUUAUUAUUAUUAUUAUUGGUUUUUUUAACAGAUGUUAGGAGAUGAUCGUCGAGCUUGUUAUACCCAGACUACGCGACGCAGGUGAAAUGUUUUUUUUUUUUUUUUUUAUCUUUGUUCGUUUUUAUUUAACUCGACGUAGCAUAAUAAUAUUCAAGAGAGCAACAAUAUUUGACAUAUUACGAGCACAGUUCCGCUACUUACUCUGGUUGUAAAAUAUGUUUAAUUAAUGUCGAAGAUAUUGGAUGUUUGAUUAUUUGCAUAAUUAAAUUAAUGUUACAUAUUAAUAAAAUAGCCUUAAUCGAUUUCUUGUACACGUUUUCUUUUCCUCUUUUUUUGUUUUUUUGUUCUCUAUAUUUUUUUGAUUAUAUCGUUAUAAUUUAAGGUCGUUCACGAAUUGAACACGCGAAAAUAGAGAUUCAAUGUUUAAUCUAGUUACGAAUAACAACGAUUACAGAGGCUUACGACGAAUUUUGACAUUCUGCAGAUGCCAUUUGAUUUCGUUGACUAGCAACUAUUUUAUGAAAAAAUUAUGCAGAAAGUGCUAAGAGACUCUCGAUAACUGCAACUACUACAAAGAGAAUAAAUAAUCAUUCGUUAUUAGCAAAAUAAGUGACUCUGAAGUGAAAUGAUUGAUUGAUAUAUAUACAUAUAUAUAUCGGGACUACGAAACACGUUGUAAUGGCAAGCUUAUUCAUUCCAUGCUAUUUGAACUUAUGUCAGUAAUGGUGCUAGCGUAGAAUGACAUCUGAGCUUUAAGAAUUCUGUAAUAUAGAAUAUUGUACCGUUUCAUAAAUCAUUCGACGAGUCAGUUACGAAUAGUUAAAUUAAUGUCAAAUCAUUUCAGCAUAUACAGCUAAGUUGUGCUUGAUCUUAUUGUACAAUAAAAUCGGAAUAAAAUAUUGGUUCUUUUUUUUUCCGUUAUCUUCUCCAUUCGAUGAUAUUUUUUUAUGAAGCAAAAUUUUGUGAACGACCUAUAUCGAUGCCCACGAACGCUGAACGAUCUUGUAAAUAGCUCAAAAUUUUUGGCAAAAUUAACGCGACUACAUAUCAAUUGGAUUGUAGAGCAUUUAAAUGUUUAAAUGCUAAAUGGUAAGAAUGCGAAACAAUAUCUUACGUAGUCUCAGAUUUUUGUGAAUGGUAACGAACAUAGCAGAAGGUGUGCGUUGCUUAUCCCUUGGCUUGUUCCAAAUUCUGCAGUGAUUCGAAAUGACACCCUUACCUCAGGAAUAAUAUUGAAAUCAUUUGAAUAAGUUAAUUCAGUUGGAAUGUUGAUGUAAAUUAUUGGAUAGCAAAAUUUUGUGCAUUGAUCUUGAGCAUUUACAAAGAUAAUUGAUAAAAAUAUAGAUAUUCAUAAAUUACAGAUGAACGUAAGCAUAUUUUAGAAAAGCCUAAUUAUUACUGUUAUCAUCGUCAUUUGAAAGAAGGGUUCUUUUUUUUCAAAUAUGAUUUUAUGAAAAUUUGUAGCAUGGCCUACACUCUAGCCAUUUUAAGUACAGACUUAGAAAACAUUAUAUCGCAUGUGUGUAGAAAAAUAAUUAAUGUAUCAUGAAACUAUACAAUACUAUGAACUACUCGAGGCGUAAUUAAAAAUACACAAAAAUAAGAAUUGUCCAUGGUGAAAAUAGUUAUUCGAUGAAGAGAUUAUAAAAUAAUGAAUAUUGUAUCAGAUUAUAUGAAUAUAUAUUGUUAGGUGAUUGUGCAUAGGUAUGAAUAAUUUUUUAAAAUUAUCUUCUUUGGAAACGCGUUAGUGAAAUUUUAAAAAUUUUAAAAGUAAAAUAAAAAUAUUAAGAAUAAUAAUAAUGAUAAUAACUAUAAAUCCACUACGAAAAUUAUUCUGCUUUCAUAUUACAUUAUUUUGUUUAGAAUAAUAUGAAAUCAUUAAUAAUUUCUAUGAAAAAAGUAUAUGUUUCUUAAUUCCUACAAUAUACAUACAUUAUGUUUCUCAAUGCUACUAGAUUUUAGAUAAUAUUCAUCUGUAAAUAGAACAAUUGAUAUUUCAAGUAAUAGUAAAUGUUUUAGAAUAUUUUCAAGGAAACUAUCAAUUCCAAAAUAACAAUAAACCAAUUUGUUUGUUAUUAUUUUCAACACGGUAUGCAAGUAAAUGAAAUUAGUUUAUUGCAAAUACGAACAAAAGAGGUGAUAACUAGGUUUUGCUAGUCCAUCAAACUGGCUCCGAUUGCUAAAUACGUUGAUCGAGUAUUUGAGGCCAUUGAUGUUUGUUUGCCAAAUUCGUGCAUGGUUUCCUCUAUUUUACAUUUUUUUUCUACGAUUUAUACCCACUUGUUUAUACGGGGUACACGUUUCGUUGAAUGACGAAAUAUGCGAAACUACAGUUUGUUAAGUUAUCUUUGAAAUGUUCCCUUAUUUAUUAAGACUAGUGGAUUGUUACCAUUGCCUCAAAUUUUAUAGUAAAUGCUCGUUAAUAUAUUCGAAGUAAUCGCAGGGUAACCAGUAGUUACCAGUUCGUUUAUUGUUACAAUGCCGGAUAAACAACAAUUGACAUCAACUUCGUCCGCCUAUCAGUAAUUACAGUGACAACAGAUUUCCUUGAACUAUUGCUGCAUUUCACUGCCACUGGCCUAGUUUUUGUUAAAUAAAAAUUCCUGUAUAACAAUACGUAUUUUACGUUCUUAGCAUUGACUUUGAGCCCUUUUUUUGAAAUGUCAUUCGACGCCAUGGAUGGAGGAUUUCAAUAACACGGUUCAUCUAAUAUAAGUUAUUUUUCGCUAAACCUGAAUAUCUAAUCUAUAAUGUCACCAGGCAAACAAUAAAAAAAAAAAAAUGUAAUAUUUAAAUGACAUGCCUCUCUCUUCUGUACGUAUUUGCAAUUAACAUCCAGCAACUGAUUUUUGCAGAGUUACGAUUAAGCUUAUGUUACACACCUAAUUUGUAAAUAUUAGAUCAUAUUUUUGUCUUUAAUGUAAAAUCAACGAGGAGCUCUUAGACUAAAGAAAAUAAAGUUGAAAACGUAAUGGGAAAA